UUUAUAUCAUGUAUGCGUACUAAUAUGCACACUUUCAGAAUAUAUAAGAUUUUAGAACUUGAGUCAGAUGUGUAAAGUAGUUCUCUAUAUAGAUGCCGGCAAGCCAGGUAAAGUGACAAUAUACCGUGAGAUACUCAGUUUACCUACCAGUUGUGUUUUUCAUAACGUGUGUGUAUAUAACCACCAAAGGAUGUUAUCAACAUAACUUCUGUGUCGUUUUCCUCACCAUCAAAAAGAAGCCGAGUUGUUAUUUUGCGCCAAGCCAGUGCCGUUGACGUAUUGACGCCUCUCCGCACAUACGUAGGUCCUGUCCUGUCUAAAGCAGAUCACUUGAUAACAGCGGUAACAUGUGUUCAGCCGUGAUGCUUGGAAUAUAUAUUUUGAUCGUUCUAGGAUAUAUCGUUGUUGUUCAAUGUCAGGAUAAUGAUUCGGAAUAUACGCUCGCCCUCUUGGAUGCUCAAUGCACUUCACGAUGCCUUGAACUGUACGGGGAUCCCAAUCCAUUUCCAACCAGUAAGCUUUACAACGUAUAUUCCGCAAAAGGUUGUACGAAUGGUAACUGCGAGCAAUGUAAAAGGACGUGUGAAGCCACUCUUAAAAGACAAACAAACACCACAUGUGAGGAUGCUUGUGCAUCAUCUUCAGUUCUGAAUGUUUGUCAGCUCUCCUGUGAGUUUGUUAAAAUGCAACAGGCACAUGCUGAUGCAGGGAUUGUAAAAGACGAAACAUCUCGGAUCUCGACGUUUGACCCCACAAUCGUCUGUAUGUACACAGAUGACAGCAAGAAAGCAGGCAAUCGCCAUGUGUCAACUGUGUAUUUGAGGUGGGACAUACACAAAAACAACCAGAAAGAAUUACCACAGAUGCAGUUUGUCAUAUCCCUGCAGCGGUUCUCAAACAUCUCGAAGGAAUCUCAAUGGGCUUCAAUAGGAAAGACGAGUUCUUCAUUUCUACCGAUACAAAAUCUGACGUUGAAUAAAACCUACCGGUUCAAAGUGACUGCUGUAUCAGAGAAGGGAGUGGUGGAUGAUGCAAAGAUGACGCAGUUUAUAACAACACUCCCUGACGACUAUGUGCCAAGUCCUCCAGCAAAUGUGGAAAUUGAAAUGCAGACUUACUACAAACAGGCAGUUAGUGCAAAGAUCAGCUGGGAUGCUGCUAAAGAUAAGUCCUGCUUCUACAAAAUAUAUUGGCUACCUACGUGCAAGCAGAGUAAGAGGGGAGAUUUUGUUGAAGAGGAAAUAAAGACUCCUCCCGACUUCGUCUAUUGGAUGAACAGACUCCAGUUUGAUUGCAAUUACACUGUUAGUAUAUACAGUUAUCCCACACCAAUGUUUACGAGAGGAAGUAAGGUGACCAAGAUGUCGUUUCAAACACUUGAAUGCCUCAACGCUACGAAAUUCAACUACACAGUCUGUAAACCGGAAGAACCACAAAACAUCUCUGCGACAGAAAAAGAACCGUACAUGUCAGACGGACUUCCGAGAGGAAAUACAACGCUCGUAUGGGAAGCACCACCUCAUGUCGGUCCAAAUAACAAACUGACAGGUUAUAUCCUUGAGUGGUCCAAAGAAAUCCCGUUACAUAUGGGUCCGCUUGUGGAUCCUGAUAAAGGCAGCCUUACACUGUUUCCGAAUCAGUCCAGUUUUAUGAUAACGGAGAUGCACUGGAGUAGUAAAUACCGGAUACAUAUCCGUGCUACAUCUGUGGGUGGAACAAGUGACCCCAUAACUACAUUUGUCGACCUCGGUGCUGUAGACUACAAUGAUGAGCUUAAGAAUUCAACGUCAGCCAUGGUUCUUGAUUUGUCCGAAAAUAAGGUUAUUAUUGGUUCUACUGUGGCUGUUGUAAUAGUCAUCCUGUCUGUGGGAAUUCUACUUUGCCGUUACACCAAUCGGCAGAAGCGUGCAUUUCGGGUACAACGGACCAUAAGAACUGAGGAAACAAAUCCACUUUAUGACAAUGCCUACGCAAGCAACGGUUGUGGUGUUCCUAUUAUUCUCGACGAAUACGAGGUCGACUUUUUAAUGCUGUCUCUCUUAAACACUUUGGGCGAAGGUGCGUUUGGUAAAGUUGUCAAAGCAGAAUUAUCAAUCCCUGGAAAAGACGGAAAGGAGGAAAAGAAAGUAAUCACAGCUGUGAAGAUGUUGAAAGAUCACCCAGACAUUGUUGAAAGACGAAGCCUUUUAAAGGAGAUCGAGGCGAUGAAACAACUCGGGCAUCAUCCUAAUAUCGUCAGUAUUAUUGGAUGCUGUACGAAGAGUGAUAACCAUACUUGUCUGAUAAUGGAUUACUGUCCACUUGGGGACCUGCGGCAGUACUUACACCGACUUAGACCACGGACUCAAUAUCAAGCUAGCUCCAUGUCCAGAUACGAAGAUAGUGGCAUGUUCUCAAACAUAACAGAGGAUACAAAUGAAUCUGACAACCAGCCAAUAACACAGGCCAAGUUAUUGUCUUACGCGCGGCAGAUCGCAAUGGGUAUGGAAUAUCUGGCAGAGAAGAAAUACGUCCAUCGAGAUCUGGCUGCUAGGAAUAUAUUAAUGUCUGAUUUUGAUCGUCUGAAGCUUUCUGAUUUCGGCCUUACACGUGAUGUGUACGAAACUAAUAUGUACCAGCCGACUUCAGCGAGAAAGCUUCCUUAUAAAUGGAUGGCCUUAGAGGCAAUCUAUGACCAAAUCUUCACAACGAAAUCCGACGUGUGGUCGUUUGGAAUUGUUCUUUGGGAAAUUGUGACCUUGGGAGGUAGCCCAUACCCGGGCAUUCCAAAUGAGGAUUUGUUUCGGCUGUUAAAGGAUGGAUACAGAAUGGAAAAUCCAGGAAACUGCAGUACUGACAUAUAUCAAAUAAUGUUAUCGUGCUGGCAUCCGAGACCCCACAGCCGUCCUUCCUUUGCUGACUUACGACAAAAGCUGGAGGCUAUGCUGGAAGUUACAAAAGCCUACAUCAAUUUGUCUGUUUCUGUGUCUGACGAUUACUACCACUCCGACUCAUUCAGCAGUAAAGAUGAGCAAAAGAAAACGAAUUCGUUUAAAGAGGACGAUUCUGAAAUAUCCUACCUUGAACCAGAAAAAUAUGAAAAACAUCCGAUGUAUAAUAGAGAUGUCCCGGAAACUGAACUGCCGUCUGGAGGAGGAUACCACAGCGUGGCUGUAAAUGAACGGAAUGAUGGCCUACAGCACGACUUGUGUAAAUCAAUGUGUCGAUUCUGUAACAUUCCUAUGAGCCCGAGGGCCGAUUCCAAGCUUUUAUCUGACUGGUCAUCGAAUCUGUAUGAAGAACCUAUAUCCUUGCUGCUUCACUCUGUGCAUCAGGAUCUAAACGGGAAUUAAGCAGUGAACCUUAGAUCGGGAUGCUAUCCUUUAGGAUAUCUCAGGCUGUGAUACAAUACGUCCAUUGGGGGGAUUUUUUUUAUAUCAUAUCGAUAAUGUUUGAAGCUCAUUGGCUUGUGAUAUUUGGUUCACAGUUUUAUUUUUUUAAGAACAUUAAUCAACAUGUACAGUAGGACAUUUAAUGGUCGACAAUAUUUUUUAACCAUCUAAGCAGACUUAUUUUCCUUCUUGACAUUGAUGAUAAAAGGUUAUAUUGUUGUUUGCUUUUUCCGUUUUUGUACGUGGAAAUGUUUACAAUUGAAUAAGAAUAUAUCUUUUACCAUUGAAUAAGUUUAUAUCUUUGACCGAGUUUUGUUGAUAGACUGUCUGAAACAAAAAGAUGACUGUACAUAAAAUAAGAUUGAAGGAUUUUUACUUGUAUUAAUGUAUGACAAAUAUAUUUUGCAAUUGUUUUUUUCCUUAUGAUUUGUACAUAUGUUAAUUCUUAAAUCCCAAUACUAUUUGAAGAUGCAACAAGCAAUGCAAUUUAAGUUAGUCAGCUGGGAAAUGUGAAGAAGACAACACAAAUUCGGUCCUGAUGCAAGAUUUGUAUCGAUAGAGCAAGCAAAAUAUUUUAUCCUUCCGUUUUCCAAUAAAAUAGUUGUUGUUGUUGCUCUGCUAAGGGACUCGGUAAAGACCACAAUAAUAUCUGCUGCAACCAUAUCAACAGUUUGGAUAUUUAUAUUUCCUCUCCGCUUCAUGGAAACAAUUGUUUCGUAACACCUUACUUAGUAAAACAUCAGUUAUGGCUUAAGUAUUGAAGGGUCGCCCGAGUAAGGAAAAAAAUAGAUCCAUUUGUAUUCAUUGAAAUGCAAAGAGAAGCCUCAAUUCAUGGGAUGUAAUGAACCAUUAAUAGUAAAGUACUUGCUAUUAGAUUGCAGUGACCCUCAGCCAACAAAGGAUUUUUUUUAAUAAUAUAGCAGAUCUUAAAUCUCAUUUUGAAACUGUCAAUAUCUCUACAAUCCUUACCUACCUAAAAUUGUUGGUCUGUUUCAAAAGAUAUAACUAAUUAUAACCAUAGAAACUUUCACAUUUCAAAUUGACGUUUGUCUUUCACCUUUUCGUUCGUUUGAUGUUAUUACCUAUAACAUGGUUUUUUUACAUAAUCUCGGUUCAAAGGACCUCCCUAAUGUUGAUGGGCCGUUGAAAUCCAAUAAGUCACUAAUUUACAUAUCAAAGUCCGUAAACUUGAUAGUUCGUAUUUUCCGUUCAAUGUUAAUCAUUUAGAGUAAAGGCAAUAAUUGGUUUAAACCGAUGACAGUUAAAUAUGACUGGGAUGAAAAUGCAUUAAAAUCGCCUCCAGCACACAUACUUAUAUCAUGCACGCCAACAAUUAGCACACGGAGACGCGUCCUUAAAUUACCGUAGCUGUCAAUUGGAAGUAAACACCUUAAAACCAGUAGAAUGAUGAUUGAUUCAAGGGUCCCGCAUUUUUCAAGAACCUUUUUUUAGGAUUUCAAUGGCUGUCACAUACUGUAACUAUUUUCUAUUUAUAUCUGAGACGGUUCAGACUUUGACAUAUUGCCUUGAUAACAUUUGUAUUUCAUAGUUUAUAUAAAAAAAAUAACGGAUUUUCCUGAAUCUAGUCACAAAGGUUUCAGACAAAAUCUCCUGAUGGACACAUACUUCAGAUACAAAACCAAAUAUGAGCUCCGGACUACCAGAGUUCGGGUCAAAGGAGUUUCACUGUUCACUUAAAUAUCAUUUCCAGUAUGAAAUUAGUGCAUAUUUAUCUUUUCAUUUAAACAGAAUUCCAUAGUACAGUCGUAUGUACAUAUAGAUUGAUCGAUAGAUGUAGAACUUCAGACAACAACGUGUACACAUUCAAAUGUCAAUGUAUUUUAAAAAAACAUAUGACUUCGAGAGACGAACAGACUCAUGCCAUUAAACUUUAAACGAUUAAUCUAAAAUUCAAAAUAUUUAUAUUUCUGGACCGAUCAACUGAUCUCAUAAAUACUUCAAGCAAUAUAUUACAAUAGGACUAUUGAAGUCAGUCAAAAUUCUCAACAUCGUGAUCAACAGGUUGAGACAUGCAUUUCCGGUUUAAACAGUAUAUUUCUCUCAAGAGCUUUCUUAAAUAUAUACCUAGAUGAUAUUAAACAGGGACAAAUUAAAAACAAAACUGCAAAAAGGUCCUCCGAGUAUUCAUAGCGAAAUAUCUCGUAACGAUUUUUAAUAUGUGAAUCGCUAUUGAGGCACCCUAGUGUAUGCAUACAUCUAUAUAUUCAUAAACAUAGCGUGUAGCUAAUCUGGGGAUUGACGAGUGGUGUGUUAAAUGUGUGUAAUGUUGUCGAGAAAUGUAAUAGUUAGAGUAAUGACGCCAAACUACGGACACCUUAUUCACGGCGCAUUAUGACGUUGUAUCCAAUUGGUUUUUAUGACGUCAUCUAUAUAUGAGCUCAUCUAUUUGAAUAAACAACAAUGAAGUAGAGUCGUAUUCCGGACCUCAUUUAUAGCAAACCAACACAACCAUAAUCUAAUACAUUGGUGCCGUGACCAGAAUGUCGGAAAUUUUUAUUGUUAAGUGUACAUACAUUUGAACUUGUAUAUUGAAGUAUUAUUUAAAACCAUUCUGUGGCCCCGAGGAUGUCGAGAAAUUAAAUAGUUAGAGUAAUGGCUCCAAACUACGGACACCUUAUUCACGGUGCAUUAUGACGUUGUAUCCAAUUGUCUUUUAUGACGUCAUCUAUAUGUGAGCUCAUCUUUUUGAAUAAACAACAAUGAAGUAGAGUCGUAUUCCGGACCUCAUUUAUAGCAAACCAACACAACCAUAAUCCAAUACAAAUGUCCUGUUGCACAGUUAUAGAAGUACCCAGACUUCUGCGACCUUUAUAUAAAACGGGAGGGACACUUAGUAAACUUCGUCUGCUGGAUACCCGAACUACUCGGUAGUGAAGCUGACGUAAAACCAAUCAAUCAAUCAAUCAAUUAGUUAGUGAACUUAAACUGUGACAUUGACAUAUAUAGCUUCAUCACCGCGUCUCUUAAUCUGAGGUAUGCAUAAAUAAGUUGAUAAUAGACGUCAAAAUAUUUCACAAUUGAUGGAAUGUAUAAAUAUUCGGAAUGUUCAAAAUAAUCGUAUUUAUUUAAAGAUUAACUUGAAUAUAUUUUUUAUGUUAUGAUGAUAUAACACAAAAAACUGAGU